UUGGUCCGGAGCUGAGAUUUCAGUAGCGCCGUUGACCAUCAUGUUGGUCAGGCUAAUCACAUUGGUCGCGUUGCUUGGGACCUGCGUCGCAGGUCCCUUGCCAAGCGAGAGCAUCCCGUGGGAAUGUAAUUCCCCCUCACCUCUGAUAGCCGAUCAAACCUUCGUGUACACCUACGAAGGACAAAAUAAGAUCGACAACAAAGACAUCCAUCACAACAUCCUCAUUAAGGCAACCGUCGAAGUGUCCACACUUUCGCCAUGUCUGCUCUCCAUGAACCUUCGGGACGUAACCCUGCAAGAGGUGAAUGUCGCCAACCGACGAGCCUUCAAGGAAGCCCUGGAAAGGUUUCCCAUCGUUUUCCGGGUGGAAGAAGGCAUUGUGGGCGAGAUACGGCACGCGCCGCAGGAACGCCCGUGGGCCACGAACGUCAAGAGGGCCAUCAUUUCGAUGCUUCAAAUACCACGAACGGCAGUUGACGCUAACAGCAUCAUCACUGAGACUGACGUUCUCGGCUCCUGCGAGACCAGAUACAGUCCAGUGUCUGUCACCCAUGGCGAAACUACCAUCAUCAAGACUAAGGAUCUGGCCACCUGUUUCGGACGCUUCGGCAGUUCCCUGCCAAUCAUCUACACACCCUACGAAGCUAGGUCUUCUGCGUUCCAGACGUUGCCCGUGACCAACGGCACCUACAAGUGCGAACAGACCGUGAACGAGAAGCGAUGGGUCACGCGGGCACUGUGCAUGGAAAAGGAGUUCCUCCAUCUCGCAGCCAAGGCACUGACGGAACAGACGACACUCAUGUCCACGGCGAGGCUCAUGUUGCGGGAUACCAUUCCGGGCGCAAGGAGCAUCCCUCCAACCAUCAACGUGGCUACGACGCUGAAAUUCGACCACAGCGUCAUGACACCACAACAGUCGACCGUCGAGGAGGCGCUCAGGGUCCUGCGUGACCUCUGCAGCACAAUUGCCGCGGAUGUCCGACCCAACACGGGUUACAUGUUCUCGCAUCUCGUGUCUUCCCUGCGUGGUCUCACCUACCAGAACCUGAAGACGAUCUACACAAAGAUCAACUCUGGUGAAUUGUGCUUCGACAAGAACAGGAUGAGCCAGCAGUACCUGGAUGCGCUGCCCUUGAUCGGGUCCGAAGGAUCCGUAAAACAAAUGGCAGAGCUCAUCGUUCGACCCGAACACGGAAGCCGUGUUUCAAAAUGGAUCUCCAGUCUCUACACGAUCCAAGUUCCAAGCUUAGGAAUGGUUGCCUCUUUCAAUCAACUCAUCAGGAAGCCUAACCCAUCCACGGACCUUAUCCUGGCUCUGACGUCAUUGGCUCAUACGUCGUGUCGUGGACGUGUCCAGGAAUGUGAACAAACCAAACCGAUACGUGACUUACAGGCCGCGCUGAACAAAUUGUUCGGGUACAAGUGCCGCGUUCAGAAUACUCAACAGAGACAGAAGGCGAUAACAGCUCUGAAAGGAUUCGGUAACAUGGGAAUGCACGGGGAAGCGAUCAACAGCAUCCUGGAAUGCGCACAGAGCGCGAACAAUGCUCUUCCAGUUCGUCUGGCAGCCAUUGAGGCUUUCCGAAAGACGUGCAUUCCACAUGCGCAGUCGAAGCUCCGAGAAAUGAUGAAAAAUCCGACGGAAAACAUCGAAGUUAGGAUAGCUGCCUACCUGGCCGUCAUACGUUGCCCGUCAGAAGAGAUCAUCAGCGAUAUUGUGAAAAUGCUGGAGAUCGAACCUGUGAACCAAGUCGGUAGCUUCAUCUACUCUCACCUGAAGAACCAUCAACAGACUGAAUGUCCAAUCAAGCAACAUCUGCGAGAUAUGCUAAGCGGGAUCCGUCUUGAGAACAAGUUCUCCAACGAUAUCCGGAAGUCUUCCCAGAACAUCGAAUGGUCCAAGUACGCGGACCAGCUUAACAUGGGUGGCGUUGUUGACAUCAACGCAGUCUACAGUCCGGAUUCUUUCAUUCCUCGUUCGGCCAUGUUGAACUUGACGGUCGACCUCUUCUCGCACUCUAUCAACCUGUUCGAAAUCGGCGCCCGCGCGGAAGGUUACGAGCACCUCUUGGAGCACGUUUUUGCCACCAAGGAAGACGAAGGCAUACAGGGCAAUAAGGCAAACUUCUGGACACGCUUGAGUCAAGGACUUAGCAGACGAAAGAGAGCUGCUGUUAAGGACGUCAGCGUUGACAUUUUCGACGACAGGAUAAACUUGGCGAAGCCUAGCCAUCCUCAGGGCUCCAUCUACUUCAGGAUGUUCGGCAACGAAUUCUCCUGGUACGAAAUCCCGUCGUUUGCAGAAAUUUCAAUGUUCGGCGACCGCAUUGGCAACACUAAUUGGAUCGGCAAGAUGUUCAACAAAAACAGGGACAUCGUCCACAGCGCUAUGCUGGUGGAUUUAACGGUGACGGCACCCACCAUCACUGGUUUCCCGUUCAUGCUUGACCUCAACGCAACCAUGAGUGCGGCUCUUAAGACUGACGGACGAGUUAAUCUGAACGGAGCACCGCAGGACUUCAUCAUCGAAGGAUCGAUUCAGCCCAGCGCCGUAGUCUACGCUAGCGGCCUCAUGGCAAUCGACAUGGGCGUCGCCAAACGCGGAGUUCGCAUCGCAUCGACUGUUCACACAUCGACCAUGCUCGACGGUAAAGUAGAGGUCAUCCCAUCUGGAGACAUCAACAUCGUCUACAACAUGCCCAGAAACAAGCAAGAAAUCCUGAAUCUCAAGACAGACAUUUACUCCGUUGAUGCCGAAGUCGAAAGGCCCCUGCCGCAGCACGAGCGGAAGAUCUUCAACGGUUGCACCAGGACACUGUCCAAGGCUCUUGGCGUCAGCCUCUGCAUGAAGGGCAACGUGCCCAAACCUUUCAUCGGAUACGGCGGUAUCACCAUGCCAUUUGAUCUGGAGAUCAGCUUGCAGAAGAACGAGAUCAGCAUGACGGGCUACGAGCUGAACCUGAAAUACAGAGCCGACGAAAAUGACCAGCGGAAACAGUACCAACUCCUCUUCGACACUCCUGGCUCAUCGGUGCAAAGAAAGCACAUCAUUGAACUACAGACUGCCAACAUCGGUGACGACGGGAAAAUUCUUCAUUUCCUGUACUCUUGUCCAUUGAUGAAGAUUGAUGCCUCGACCCAGUACAUUGUAAGCAGCUCACUCAUGAAGUUCGAAGCCGACAUGAAACUCCACGAAACGAAGCACUACUAUAUGAAGGCGAACGCCGACAUCGAACGUGGAUCCGACAGCAUCAGAAUCAUCCCCAGGUUUGAGAUGUCAUACCCCGGCAUGGCCGACCCGCUCAUAAUGACAGGCAUUAUUGACGACAUGAAAGGACAGAGCCGUCUCUCCAUCGAAUUCAACAAGCCAGCAAACAAGCCGGCAUAUUUGAGAGCCGCUCUCAGGAAUCAAGACGAAAAGAUGCUCUUCAACUUAACGGCUGACAUGCCCUACCUCGAGGUAGCGUAUGGAGGAUCGCUCAUAUUGCACGAAAAUUCUUUGGCGACUUCUAUGCUGUUGGAAUACCAAUGGGCAUCGAUGAAGAAGCACUCCGUCAGGCUUAGCUCAAAGUUGAGAAACUUGGGCACCCGACACCUGCAAAAGUCUGUCUCCGACAUGGACGUCCAAUUGAGUCAGUAUCCCGAGUACAACUGGAAGAUUCAAACCGACGUACAGAAGAAGGGCAACGAACACCGCGAGUACGACAUCAAGUUCUGGUGGGGCGAGAAUCUCCCCGACGACGUGCACUUCAUCCACUUCCUCGGCAUCGGAAAACAGACGGGCGACGUGUACAACCAAAAGGCAGGCAGCACCGACAUCCAGAUGAAGCUAACUGCCCCUUUCUGGGACGUCGACGUCGAUUCCACGCUGUCCACGAAGCUCGAGGACAUCGAAUCCGCUGGAACGAAAGCGGACACUCGCUUCGAAAUCAGCUCCAGGGGUUCCAGAAUCAUGCUCAUAGGGUACACGUACGGGCUUCACUCCCGCAGUCCGCUACACAUCACGGCGUCCGCCGAAUUCGACGGCUUCAACCGAAGACUUGUGUACAGAGACCAAGUGCAAGAGAGGGCUCCUGGCCAGUUCGAAGGCAACACCGUCAUCGAAUGGGGAAGGGAAGGGAAGAAUGUGGCCGUUGACUACGUGGUCACUCUCAAGACGGACGAGAAGCAGUACUUCCAGAACAUGGACAUUAAGAUCAGCUACCCCAACAUGAGGGCUCCCAUCCGCCACAGAAGCCUCAUUCGAAUAGCUCGUAACGCUGUUGAGGCGACGACAGAAACGGCGUUUGACGGCAAGGGGUACUUUAGUGUCGAAGCGAAGCACACAAAGAGGUCAUCGUCCCUCCUACUCGACAUACCCUACCUGCAGUUUAAAGCGCUCCGCACCUCAAAAGACGGGUCGUGGUAUGGGAAGGUCGAACUGAGACCACGGGCUUUCACUCCUGAUGAAGCGUUCAUUGCCUCCGUUGAACUCAAAAAGAAACCGGAAAUGAUGUGGGACUUGGACAGCCAGUUCCUUUGGGACGCCGACAGGAACCCCGAACGACGCUUCCGCUUCGUCAUCACCUCGGACAAAGCAGACGUAGAGGGAAAGGUGAUUUAUAAGUUCGGCACCGUGAUCGAGCUCACCCCGAGCAAUCGCUUCACCAUGAACGUCGACAUCGCCCGGCGGCAAAUGGAAGGGCCACACGCCCUAGAGAUUAAACUCGAGCAAGAGGGACUACCCAGAAGGCUCAUGACGUCUUCCUACUCGAACGGUCCCAAGGGCAGCAACUUCCUGAUCCGCUACUUUAAGGACGACGCCGAACGCUUCAGGCUGGACUACGUCCGGAUCGAGUCCAACUCUGGCAGGGAAAUCGACGCCAGGAUCACGUCCGCUUAUUCACUCGUUGACGGCAAGCGUCUUAACGUCAAGCACAGUUACGACGGACGUAGCUUUACGGGAGAACUUAAAUACAUUCACGACGCCACUCACUCCUACUCCUUGGCAAUAAGAGACACGUCUGGCAACAACAGGGUGAACAACGUCAUCAAGUACUCGUCGCCUUACAUGCAUGCCGAGUUCCAGACGACCGGCGAAUACACGCCAACCGAAGCCGACCUGAAGACUGUCCUCACCCAGAACGGCAAGGAAUAUCGUUUCGGGAUUGGCUGGCAGAUCAAGGGACGUGGCUCGGCCUUAGUAUCGGUACAAAUGUUCACCCCGCACCAAAGUGCGAAGGACGGAAGUUUCCUGUUCAAGUACGACCUGAACCCCGGCAUGUACGAAGGAGAAACGAGGGUGACUUUCAACGAAGAAGUCAAGCUGGAGAUGAACGGGCUCGUCAAACACGACCUCGACAACGACAACGUGGACGCCAGGUUUAAGUUUUACACGCCGUGCACUCAACACGUCGAACUCCGUGCUUACGCAGAAAACACGGCGCGUACCAACACCUACGGCGUGGGCGCCACGAUGCAGGGCGAAGAUGUCUUCAAAGGGUUCGUUCGAAUCAGCUCUACCAUGACGGAGUUGGUAGCCAGGAUUCAGGUCGAGGGAAAGCAUAUUCCUUUGCACUUCCUCGAAUACAAACGUAUCGCGCAAGUUGUGGAGGACAGGAUCGUGUCCUACCAUUACACUCUGGAACACGGGCUCAAACCGGGAUUUACCAUCGUCAUUGUUCCCGAGACGCAAGGCGAUGACAUUAAGCUGUCGAUACGUCUCAAGCCUAAGGAACAGCCUGAGAACGAGGCUUCAUUAACGAUCGAGUACAAUAAGGAACAAACUGACGAUAACAAGAAACUUAUCGUUAUCUUUGAGCCGAAACGGAACGCGAAGACCUCGUUGGUGUACCUGUUCCAGAGGGCGGAAGGCAAAACGGCGAAGAAGGUUUUCUGGUCCCUCGACGAUACAAAGCUUGGCUAUGAAUACGAACUGCAGAAAAGGGAGGCCUCUGGAAUCCAUUGGCUUAAGGUGUUCUACCUUCAGCGUGAGAUGCAUUUCCACUGCCAGCAUACAAGGACACCGGACUCGUACGAAGGGCACUGGAAGAUACUUCUGAACGCCAUCGAGAUGCCAGAGAGGAUGCUGCAUAUGUCGUACAGGAGAGACAGGAUUGAAGGUGGAUGGACAUCUGAGGCCAGGAUAAGUCACCCGGUAGUUAAGGACCUCGUCUUCAAGUCCCGCUUCCAAGAAAAACCCGAACAACCCAUCGUGUUCUCGGCCGAAUUUCAACCGGGCGACGAAACCAACAAGAUAUUCUUUGACUUGAUUCAAACUCUCAACGAUGGAAUCGCCACGAACCAAUCUACGCGCAUGCGUCUGCACCACCAAGAUCCUGACGUAUUCGACGCAAGCUUGACAUUCUACCACACCACAACAAUGGAGAGUCCCUUGUUUGCCGGGUACUUCUGGGACUUCAGGACUCGGAAGCAGAGUCUCAAGAGAGGCCACGCCACAGCUUUCCUGGGCAGGAACAACAGAGCCAUUGUGGAUUACGAUUCGUUCUUCGGAAGGUUCCAAGGCGAGGGAUCGAGACAGAUAGCGCCGAAUGGCGACGACAUAACCGACCUCACUUUCACCACCGAUGGCAAGGAAUUUAAAGGUCGCAUCAUAUUGAAACCGGAGGAUCAUCACGUUGAGGCGCUCAUGUUUGACAGCCACGGCAAACCCACGCGUAGCCUGGUCAUUGCCGCGGGCCCCGCCUCCUCGAAGAAGCGCACGUUGAGCCUGGAAUUGAGCAAGUACGUAGAUGGUGACAAACGCACAGACUUCAGCUACUCAAUUGAAAAACGUUCGCACGGGAGGUUCAGAAAUAGGCUCUUCUUCCCGCCCAGGAAUUACGAGACCGUCAAGAGGAUAUUCCUCCAGGGGCAGGAGUCUUUGUCCACCAUCAACUUCGCCGCCGUCAUGGAUGAAAUCGCCCACUUUGCGGAGAAAUCGUGGAACCUCUUUGUGGAACAGUUCUUCGAUCCCAUCGCUACCCUCCUGGCGGAAGAAAUGGGCGAAAUGAUAGGAGAAGCCCUCAACGGCUUCAACGACGUUUACUACGAGGGAUCGUUCAGCGAAAUGCUCCAGAAACUGUCCGCCGAGAUCGAAAAACUCUUCACGUUUAUCCAGUCCACGAUUAUGGACAUUAUCGACAGUUUGCCCGCCGCGGGACCAAGUCGGGAACACGGGCGACGCAGGCGUGACGUCAGCAGUUCCAUUGACGAGUUACGGUCGUACAUAUCCGAUUUCAUAGACAGCGUCUACAACUCUCGAGCGGCAAAAAUCAUGUUCUCUCUGAUCGAAGACAUCGUGGACACUAUCAACUAUAAUAUCGGAGAACUGUGGUACAAGGUGAAGACUAAAGGUGAACAAAUGUGGGACAACUUCAUGGAGAACCCCGACGUCAAGGCCAUCACGUCGACCUUUGCCGAGAUAUACCAACCGGGUACAUACGAAGCGAACUACAAUUUCUGGGAGAAGUUGGAGAAACGGCUGACUAGUGGUUGGUCUGCGGGAGACACGAUCGUCGAGGCUGACACUCAGAGGGGAAAAUACAUAUGGGACGUGCGCAUCCCGCUCGACUCGGAGUCCAUCUCGCAGGGAGUCAGCAUUUGGACCGCCGGCGAAACCGGAGAUGAUCUCGUGCGAUCACCCAGCACGGGAAGGAUCAUUGCGUCUGUACUAUCGUCCAAGCUGAUGCCUCCGUUCGAUGGGCAAGCACUUAUUGUGGGCGACCAACACAUCAUCACUUUCGACGGCACCACGUAUUCCUUUGCUGGAGAAUGCAUGUACAUGCUUGCUCGCGACUUCGUCGACGGUAACUUCACCGUACUCAUACGCUACGACACAGACACUCCCACCGAAGAUGGCACACCCACAAAGUCCUUCAUCAUCAAGUUAAAAGAGAACCUCAUUGAAUUGUUUCCGGGCAAAGGGGCAGUCUACAUGAACGGCCAACCCGUGGAACUGCCACUGUUCGGCGAACGUGGUGAUCUCAUUCUCACCCGCUCUCAUGACGUCAUUACUGUGGAACAGCGCCACCACGUGAAGGUCUCCUGUUACCUGUACCAUGACGUCUGCGUCGUGACCGUGUCUGGUUGGUACUUCGGCAAAACUGCCGGACUUCUCGGAACCUUCAACAACGAGCCUAGUGACGACCUGAUGCGUCCAAGAGGCGGGGUCAUCAACAACAUUGGGCAGUUCGUUAAGAAAUGGGAAGUCGAACGAGGCUGCAAAGGACCUGUGAAAGUUAUACGCGAUCAGGCUGCUGAAGGAUCAGAAGGCUACGAGCUCUGCCGUCGGUACUUCAAGCAACGGGACUCCCCGCUUGCUCCAGGCUUCUGGAAGGAAUCUACGGAACUGUACCUGGACAUGUGCCUCCGUGAAACAGCAGCCCGUCCCGAAAAUAUAGCACCAGGAGCCUGCAAGAUAGCCCUCGCUUACCUGAAGAGGGUGGAGAAAUACGGCAUCAAGACGACGUUACCUUCGGAAUGCUAUAUUUGCAAGGUCGUCGGGAACAAGGACCUCGGCUUUGGCCAAAAGCACAGCGUUUACGGCAACCCUCGCAGCAUGGAUGUAGUGUUCGUCGUUGAAGAAGAUUCCUGUCACGGCAAUCUUGUUCGGGACAUUGACACCACAGUCAGGCUUGUCGACAAAGAGCUGCUGAAUGCUGGAUACGUGAACAACAGGUUCGGCUUAAUUGGCUUUGGCCACAAGAGCGGCAAGAACAGCGAACCUCACAUUCGCACUGCCCGGGACAACAUCUUCUUCGCGUCUCAGGACAUGAUCCUGGCAGCCGAAAAGAUGCGACUAGAGCCCGUCAUCAACCGUGACUCGUCCAAGGCAGACAUCUUCGCUGCCAUCGCAUAUGCAGUGAAUAUGCCUUUCCGUGCGGGCGAAGCGUCCAGGUCAAUUGUCCUGAUGGCCUGCUCUGAUUGCAGCGAAGACAACAGCCAUCUGAGCUACUCAGACAUUCAGAGGACAUUACUGGAACGUGGAAUCACGCUGCACCUGGUCGCGGACAAACCAAUUAAGGUUCGCAAGAGUGCUAUCAAAGGAAAAGGAAUUUAUGGCAUUGACGCCGACACUGUUUACGGCAACAAGGACAUUAGCCAGGCCCAGCUUAUUGGCCAGCCAGACCUGCGGCCACAGAUCGCGACAGCCAAGGACAUCUGCAUCGCCUUAGCUCAGGAAGCUCACGGCAGUUUCUUCAGCAGCAAGGCCUUGCGCGGAGACGGCAAGAACUGGAAGAGCAUCUUUUCACGGCGUAUCGCUAAGCCUAUUCAGGCGCAACCGCAACCGUGCGAGCAAUGCGAAUGCAUCCAUGACGACGGCAUCAGUCCAAGGACAGUAUGCAGGCCCUGUCAGCCACUCGCACCAAAGGUGCCUCUCGCUGUGUACACGUCAGAUGACCUGGAGUACUAGACGUGGAGCGGCGAACGGCCCAUUGUAUAUGAAUCAAUUUAGUGUUUCUAUUGUUGCCAAUAAAUGUAUAGUAUUAUGUUUGUAA